CGGUGCUACUCACAUGUAACAGCGGUCUGGAUCACAUUUAAAACACAUGUUAAUGCUUAUGCGUGUGCAGAAGAAACACAUGAUGAAGACAUUUAACAGCAUUGGAAGGAAAGGAUGAGAGCAAGAAGCAAAUAAGUUUAAUAUGGGGGAAAUGCACUUUUUGGAUGAAGAGGUAAGGCAGACAAUGACUAAUUUCGAUUGAUAAUCAGAGAGAGGACAGACUGAAACGCUCAGGCCUUUUUUUUUGCUAGCUCCAUUUGGACAAAGAAGGAGGUGGGUGAUAAGAAGCCUUCAAGGGGCUCUUUGAAUUUUAUGAGGUCAUUUUCAGCUUCUAGCUCAUUGCCUACUUGCUCAAGUGAACACCGCAUCAAAGCUGCACAAAUAAGACGUUCAAAGUUUUAAAGCCCCUCCAUUUGGCUGGCGGGUGUCUGGGGGCUGCUUUUGUGACAGGUUACGUCUGGCUCAUACACAAACACACACACGCACACACACAGUGAGGUUGAGAGUUUAUCCAGCACAUACACGGAGGAGGUCAGUCAGUCUGGCAGUCAGAGGCAGACAGCUGUGAGAAGGAAGACGAGUUCACAGCGAGUGCUUCUCAGACGCCAGAGCCGAGGAUCCGAGUGGAUGCUGGUGAAGAUGAAGCGCGCUCUUUAUCGAACCUCCUGCUUGGUGACUCUGCUGGUGGAGCUCAGCUGGAUCAAUGGGAGCCUUGGCUUACAGAGAGAAGCUGGAAGUAGGGUCAUGAAGCAGUGGGAGAGGAAGGUGCGUUCAGCCUCCAGCCUUGACGAGCUGCUCCGACUUGCAGACUUCCCCGACUGGAAGUUGUGGAAAUGCCGCAUGAGUCUGCAGCAGUCGGACUCUCUUUUUUCGCCACCUUCGGUCGGCUCCCACCGCUCAACCCGUUAUGCAGCCGAGUCUUACAGCCUGGAAAUACUCAAAGCCAUAGAUGAGGAGUGGCAGCGGACACAGUGCAUGCCAAGAGAGACGUGCGUGGAUGUCGCCAAGGAAUUGGGAACUGACCCGUCCAUGUUCUUCAAGCCACCUUGCGUGUCCGUCCAUAGGUGUGGCGGCUGCUGCAACCAAGAAGGUGUCACGUGCAGAAACACAAGUACAGUGCUGGUCAAUAAAACUGUCCUGAGCGUGAUUCCUUUCAAGUUUGUCCCAGAGCCUGUGCUGAUUAAAGUAGCCAAUCAUACGGAAUGCAGAUGCAUGGAGCCGGCCAUUAUACGACGUAAUGCUCAGCCUCAGAGAAGCAGUGGGUGUUCUCUGAUCGAACAGCUUUCGGGGGCUGAGAAUUCCAGGAGACUUUGCGUCAGCGGUUGGAUUUGGGAUUGUGCAAGUGACAGAUGCAUACCAUACCCAUCUAGUAGUAGACCAGAGUUUCCAAUGACUUCAUGGAUGCCUGACUGUGAGAUCGAUGUGGAUCGUUGCGAUUGCAUUCCGCGAGCUGAGCCAACAAGCCAACUAAGAGCGGUGCAACGCUGUCAUCUUAACAGCUCCAUCUGUUCUCACAGACGUCAACAUUUUGACGCCUCCUCUUGCAGAUGCAAGUGGCCCAAGUAGAAGCAAUAGCGGAGACAACCUGCAGAACAUUCUUUUUGGAAGCAGAGAAGUAGAGGCACAUAAUUUAUUUACAACACUAUUUAUGCAAAUCACGUGAACUAAUGGAAAUGAUUCUUAGUCACAAGACCAUGUUAAUUGAUUUUUAACAUGCCGAUCUUAUGUGGAAUCAAUGUAUUUGUCAUUUUUUUGUGCACUGAAUAUAUAGAAUAUAAAAAGAUUAUUAAAAGAUUAUUAUUUUUAUAAUUUGAAUCAAUACAUUGUGAAUAAUUACUCGCAUUUUAUUUACGAUACAUUACAACACGGGUCAACAAAUUUUUACCUUUUUAUAAUCAGAGAUACAAGUAAACGUUUCUAGAUGUUUUUUGGCUAAUCUGCAAAUGCUUGUUUUUUUUCCCCCUGGCACAUCAAUUUGUAAUAAUGAUAAUGAUGAUAAUAAUAAUAAUAAUGUAAUAUAUUUUUUCAUUUUCAUGAAAUCAGGGUUAGGUUCUUUUUUCACCUGAAACGUCAUAGCUAUAAAUUACAAUCCACAAUACAAUUGAUGGCUAAAACCCGCCUAAAAGUCAUUUUAGCCCCCGAUGACCCUCUUUUGACAUUCAGACACUUUCAGUGAUACCCAUGGGUCACAUGGAUGCACACAUCAACACAUUUACAAAAACAAACUAAGAAUUGCAUCUUUGAAUUUAAAGUACAAUAAAGGUACAUGUAGAAGUAAACAUAUUGUACAAAAAAGGAAAUUUGGUCAAAGGUCAUAUAGCAAACACCCUGGCACAUUUACACAAAAUCCUCCGAGUAUUCAUCAUGCUCACACAUGGAGUGGCGUGUGGUGCGGAUCGAGGUCAUAGGUCAUGUUUUGAACUCUGGGUCGACGACUCUCAAUACUCAAACUCACAAUAAACAUUGCAGUAUUUUUUUGGUUUGCAAACUUAUCUAAAAUGGCAUUGAUGUAAGUGACAAUAGAAAUUCAAUUUUACUUUAUACCUCUGAACUGUACAUUUC